CCGUAACUAAGCAGUGCCGCAUAUCUGGCAACCCACCGCAGCAGUGGCCAACCCUCGCCUCGGAUUUGACAGCAAGAUUGCCUUCAGCCAGUGUAAUAUCUAUAUUGGGAAGGACUCAGUCAAAAAACAGAGAUGGCAGUGAAUGUAUACUCCACAUCAGUAACAAUUGAAAACCUGAGCCGACAUGACAUGCUGGCUUGGUUGAAUGACUCCCUUCAACUCACCUACACCAAAACCGAACAGUUAUGUUCAGGGGCGGCUUAUUGUCAGUUCAUGGACAUGUUGUUCCCAGGGUGUAUUCUUUUAAAGAAAGUGAAAUUUCAAGCCAAGCUGGAACAUGAGUAUAUACACAACUUCAAAGUACUGCAGGCGGCUUUCAAAAGGAUGAAUGUUGACAAAAUAAUACCAGUGGAAAAACUAGUGAAAGGAAAAUUCCAGGACAACUUUGAAUUCGUCCAGUGGUUUAAAAAAUUCUUUGACGCCAACUAUGACGGAAAAGAGUACGAUCCGGUGCAAGCCAGACAAGGCCAGGAUGUGGCACCUCCACCAAACCCAGGUGAACACUUUUCCCACAAACCCAAGAGAACUGGUCCCUCAGGGCCUCAGAGAACAUCGCCAACAGUACCCAAAAACAUGCCCACACCACAGAGGGUGACCACCACCAUAAGGAAGAACCCCACACAUGUCCGAAAUGGGGGUAGUGAUGCUGAAAUCAUGGAGCUUAAUCAACAGUUAAUGGAGCUGAAGUUAAGUGUAGAUGGUCUGGAGAAAGAGAGAGAUUUUUACUUCAGCAAACUUCGGGACAUUGAACUGAUCUGCCAAGAACACGAGAAUGAAAACAACCCUAUUAUUACCGGGAUAAUUGAAAUCCUGUAUGCCACUGAGGAUGGCUUUGCACCCCCAGAUGACGAAAUAGAUGAGGAGGCCCACUUGGACCAGGACGAAUACUGAGCAUUCACUCUUUAACAUGAUCGUGACCCUUCACCAUUUCCUCCGCCCGCCGCUUUGAAUGACCCCGCCCCCUUUACCGCACGCUGUUAAUACCCACUUUGGCUUCCCACAAAUCUAUGGGCUCACCAUAUACUGUGUACUCUGCGUUGGUUUCCUCCCGCAAUGGUUUAUGCACUACAUCCGUACCAACAAGACAGUAGUACCAAUAGCACACACCUUUAGCCGUCUCAGCAUGUUUUACAUAUCGACAUGAGAAUGAACAAAAGAAAGGUACACGGUUUGUGGGUAGCACAACGGACUUAAAUAUGUAAAUAUUGUGAUGGAAAAUAAUUUUUUGCAGAAAAAAGGAAAUGAAGAAACUUGUUGCCUGGAAUGUCCUGGAUCCGUUCAGUAUGGAAUGGUCAUUUUACAUCAUCCGUCUGUGUUUUCAGCCUCAAUCUGCCUUUCUCACCAGCAAGUCACUUUUAGUAACUGAAACUAUUGGGACUGUCAGGAAAAAUCCCAACAGUAUUAAGGGUAUUGAUCUUUUAUACACUACAUGCAAAGAUGUGACGUCAAGGUCAACUUCUUAGUGACUAAAUGAUGGAAAAGUAGGAUUACUUUAAAGGAAUAGUUCACCUUCAAAAUGAAAAUUCGGUCAUAAUGUCGCGCUCUUGUCAUUUCAAACCUGUAUGACUUUCUUUCUCCUGCAGAUAACAAAAGAAGCUAUAUUGAAAAGUUUUGGUAACAGAAAACAUCGGUCCCCAUUGACUUGCAUUGGUUUUGUGUCCGUAGUCAAUGGGGCCAGCGGUUUUUGGUUGCCAACAUUUUUCAAAUGAUCUUCUUUUGUGUUUUAAUGAAGAAAAUCACACAGGUUUAAAAUGACAACAAGGUGAAUAAACGAUAACAGAAUCUUCAUUUUGAAAGAUUAAGGAGUAAAUUUGUACUAUUUAUACUAAAUAUAGAUGGGCCAGUGACAGAGGUACAAUAUUUGAAAACUAAAGGACAAAAUACUGUAAAAAUGUGUUGAAAAUACUACAGUAACUUUAAGAAUGGCACAGGUUGUUUUGCUUAUACCCAGAAGCAUGUGAAUGUUAUACAUUGACAGUUUAUGAGUGAUUGUUUGUAAAUCACUUUCUUUAGAAACUCAUAGAAACUCACCACAUGGAUGGAAAGUGGUUUCACAGUAAUUUUCAACAGCAUUGAGUAUGAGGAACAAUACUCAUCGCACAAGUGAUACUACUGAAUAGAUGAUGUCAUGUCAAAUUGAACUGACGUUUGCUGCUAAUGUUGCUGCAUUUAUGUGUGUGUUUUUAUUUUGCUCAGCUAUUGAAUAGCGUACGGCUGUACAUUUCUUACUGUAUAUCCUAUCCGAUUUGUCCAAGGCCCUGAUCAAAGCAAACAGAAAUGCUAGAUGCCAUAAUCAUUGGGUUGUUUUACCUUUACAGAGUGAAUCGGCUUUUCAUUUUCCCCAAAGUCACCUUGUAUUGUCUCAAUACGGCCAUAGCUGUGUUGCAACUUUUUUGAGUAAAUAAACAUUUAUGAAAACAAGAUUGUCAACUUAUUUAGUAAAACUGCAUAUCAG